AUGCCAGUGGACCCGCCCUUCAGAGAGUGGUGCUCCCUGGGCGCCUCAGGCAGGGAAGCAAACUCAGGCCCGCGCUCCGGGAGCCGCUGCCUGUGCAGGUACCUCAUGGUCGUCGUGUCCCUGAUCCUCCUGGGCUCCUUCCUCCAAGAGAGGCUUGAAGAGCAUCUUAUGUACAGUUUACUGGUGGAGGAAAAGAAGAAAAUACUGUGGCAACUCAACCAACAGCAAAUCAGCCCCGAAGUCAAGAGCCAUCUGCAGGCCUUCAAGGACAUGCAGAAGACCUCCCAGGGGCCCCAGCGCGCCAAGUACAAGCUCCUGGCCGGGGCCCCUCCCCACGAAAAGAAGCUGCUGACGGUGGGUGUCUCCUCGGCGCUGCAUCCCCACGAGAGCCGUCUCCUGGACACCCUGAGCUCCCUGUUCCAGGCGUCCUCGGGCCCCGAGCUGGACCGUGUCGUGAUGCUGGUGUCCCUGUCGGACUCCGACCCUGAGCGGCUCAGCCAGACGCUGGCCAACAUCUCUGCCCUCUUCCGAACACACAUCGAGGCCCGGCAGCUGCUGGUGGUCCGGGGCCAGCUCAGCGGGCCCCCUCCCCUGGGCACCCUGAGGCCCGAGGGCCGCCCCUCACCCUGCGAGGCCUUGUUCUCCGCGCAGAAGGCCGACCACGCCCUCCUCAUGAACUUCGCUGCCAACCUCUCUGAAUACUUCCUGAUGCUGGACGACCGGGUGCGCUGCAUGCCCAAGUUCAUCUCCAGCAUCUACUGGACGCUGUCUGCUUGGAAGGAGCUGCCUUGGGUGACCCUGGAGUUCUCCAGCCUGAGUUUCGCGGGGAAGGUGUUCCGCUCCAGCGACCUCCCCCGCCUGGCCUCCUUCCUCCUCGUCUUCCCCAAGGACACCCCCACGCACUUGCUUCUCUCUGAGUUCCCUCUUCUUCUGGCCCAGAACACACCGAUCCGCUUCGGCUCCUCAAUCUUCUACCACGUGAGCAACCGCUCCGGGCCGGAGAGCGCCUGCUUCCCUGCAGACAAGGAGAAGGUCUUUGGCGAGCCUGACAACCCCACGGCCAGCGUGCGCACGGACAUGGUGGUGCUGUCCACCAACAUCCCGCAGUACGCCUACACCCUGAACCAGGAGAGCUUCGCCACCCUCAGCCCCGUCCGAGGCAACCACCUGACAGUGAUCCUGGAGGAGCCCCAGAAGGUCAUCCGGAUCGAGGUGCUGACGGGCUCUGACAAAGAAGGCAGGUACCAGCUGCAGCAAGGGCGCGUGGAGCUGGGCUUCGGGCCCCUGGAGGACCCUGGGGGCUGUGCUCGCUACACCCUGCUCGGCCCAGUGGUGGACGGUCGUCUGGACCAGAUGGUGUCUUACGAAGAAGACUCUCUGGAGGCGCUGGGCUGCAUCCGGCUGCUGGUGCUAGAGGCCCAGGAGUCCUGGCUCCUGAUCAGGCAGAUCAAAGUCUGGACCACGGAGUAUGACGAGGAAGAGGACGGGUAG